CUCAUCGAACUCAUCCACUUUCUUGCCUUUGCAGACAAACCUUCAGACUUCAGUUCCUGCCCACCGGCUUUGGUAGUAAAUAUCUUCGCAGAAAAGCAGAGCAAAGUCAAAGACAGUGAGCCAAAGUCAGAAUCUGCCCCAGAAAUUGCUGAAAAAGCCCAACAAAGCGUUCAAGAGAAGGCGGAUCUCCUGGAUUACCUCAUCCGGGAAGACGGAAGUGUCGUCUGUAAGAUUUGCGGAGAGAUUCUGUCCAGCAGGACGCAUUGGUACCGCCACAAGUACAAAAUUCACAAUCCCACCAGCGCUUCCUCAAGUCCCAGUGCAAUCUUCCAGUGCGAUCAGUGCAACGCCUUCUUCAAAUCCCGCAAAGGAUACUUCGGACACCUGGCCAGUCGUCACUCCAGCGCACACGAAGCUCUUCCCGCUCAAGUGACUGUCAAGGAGGAGGCAUUUCCUGAAGGAGUCAAGGAGAUCAUCUUCCGGAAUUCGUGGGAAAAACAGAGAAAACGUGACGAGCAACUCGUGGCGGAAAUUAUCGACAGGGUAAAGAAGGAGUGCGAAGCUCAGGGAGCUACUGAAUCCCGGAAGGGCUACAAUCGGCGCUCAACAGUUAUGAACACUUCCUGAGAUAUUUCGUCAACUUUCUCUCCCGCUCGGGAAUAGAUUUAGUGCCAAAUUUACCUUCUCUGAUAUUCAGGUGUUGUGAUAAUUGUGAAAUUCACUGUAAAACAUCGUAGAAAUCUCAUUUUUCUGAGUAUGUGAUCUAAAACUAAGUCUUUUUUGCUGUUGUGCAAGAAGAUCUGGAUAAUAGAUUCUUUAUAAAA